ACACAUACAUGCGAAGAGCUGCCCUCUUUCCUCUGCAAGAUAGUUACUACUAGUUGACCACAGCAACCAUAAUAACGAUGGAAGAUCUCGUGGUGGAGUUGUUUGACGAUGUGGUCGUCGAAGAUGACUUUGAUCUGUUGUGGGAUGAGCCUCGUGUCCCUCGAGAGAUUAUGGAUUUGCAAAAUCUGGAAGCGGAUCCCUCCUCGGUCCAAUCCUAUGAAUUGACGGUUCCCACGGACGCCAAUUAUGCCGAUCGUCUAGGACUGGCAUUGCAACGAUGCAGUACCAUCCAGAGUAUCGAUUUGAAUUUUGCAGAAUGGACCAAAUGGGGAGCUCUAGAGGUGAUGAAUUUCUUGGAACAGUCGACCAGUCUGCAAGAAAUCACCUUCAGGGCGCCAUACGCCCAAGCCAACAUGACCGUGAUGCGGACGUUGUCCAGUCUCUUGGAGGCCGUAGCUGUCAAUUCGAAUGCCAACAUCCAGUCACUGUCUCUGAUGGAUGUGCCAUUCCAAGGAAAGAAUGUGUCGCCACUGUGUCAAAUCUUGACGGAAACAAAGACCAUUCGUCGAUGGAACCUGAGUUUUUCCGAACCCGUGCUGCAACUCUCUUCAUUUGACAUGGACCGAAUGGCAGACGCAUUUGCCAACAACAACAAUACACUCGAAGAACUGAAUUUUGGAUCGUUUUCCAACAGCGCUAUAUCCGUACUAUUCGCAGCGUUGAGCAAAAAGUGCCCGUCAACACUACAGCGGUUGAGAUUCCGUCACCCGCAUGGACGACGCAUGGAUCUGGAAAUCAAGGGUGGUUUGGAACAAUUUUUGAUGUCUUCCGAGUGUCAUCUUGAGAGGCUGGAAUUGGAACAAAUCAACUUGGACAUGGAACACUCACAAGGCCUGCUGCGAGGAUUGCUGGGCAACAAGACACUCGACAUGCUUCAAUUGGUCCAAUGUCAGUUUACUCACGAGCCGCAUCUGGCUCAGCUAUUGAGUGACAUGACACAGCCACGUCGACUGCAACUGGUGCUGCUUUCCAAUUCCAAUAAUAACAACAACAAUUCCAUGAAUGUCAUUGGCGCGCUGCAACGCAACACGUGCAUCACGCACUGCAAAUUGAUUGGAUUGCAGCAUUCUUCUUCCUGUUGUGGACAUGCACUCGAGCAAGUAUUGACACACAAUCGCAGCAUCCGGCACUUGCAACUUUAUUGGGACAGCAGUACGGCACACAACAAUCAUGACGAGGAGGACGACGAUGAUGACGACGAGGACGAGGAAGAUGCCGGGCAGGCCAAUGCCGAAGAAAUGCGUCUGAUUGCCAAUGGAUUGCGUGUCAAUCCCAUUCUUCAAUCCUUGACGUUGCACAAUUUUGGGGUGCGAUUGGACGAGGAAGCCAUGGGGCAUCUGGCCAGUGCGUUGCAGGCUUCCAUUGGUCGCAAUAAUCAGCCAGACUACUCCUUGCUGGACCUUUCCCUCGAAUCGUCUCCAGUAUCCGAUCAAUCCUUGGCAAUGCUAGCCAAGGCACUGUGCAAGCCAGGGUGUCGUCUACGUAGCUUAUUCGUGGAAUUGGAAGAGGCUCCCAGUGCAUUUUACAAAAAGGGCAUUGUGAAACUAUUCGAAUCGCUGGCUGUCAAUCAAAGUUUGGAAUCGUUACAGAUUGGGCAUGACAAUGAACAGCAAGGGUUGGAUCCGCAUGUCUUGCAAAGCAUGGCCAGGGCACUUCAUGGAGCCACAAAGAUACAAAAGCUGACAUUGAACGUUGGGUUUGAUAGCGAAGAAGUCUGGAGAUCUUCUAGUCGCAGUGUCGUUCGCUUCAUCUAUGCGGCAUGGUUGGCGGCGCUGGCGGGCAACACGAGCCUCCAUUCGGUCCAAUUUGCCACUGUCAUGUAUGAUCAUUUAUCGGUGGACGACAAGGAAUUUUGGAAAGCAGUUUCAUUCUUUGGCUUGCGCAACCGUCUGUUAACUAGGCUACGAAGCGAUCAAGAAAUUUUGUCCGUGGCGGAAUCAAAGUCGCUCACAGCGUCCAUGGUGCUGGAGGAGCUCAAGACCCAUCGACCGUGGACGUUGCCGUCUUGGCGAAUAGAGUCUGAUCCGGCCUACCAUGCUCUGACAGAACUCUCCUUGUUCUAUCUCUGUUUGCGCCUUCUUCCUCAUCUGUUGACGGGCCAAGGGCUCUACGGCUAAUUAUUUAGGAUCAUGGCGCGCUUCUGUGUAAAGGGCUCUUGGGAAGUCUCCAUGGCCAAGAAACGUUCCUUGGGAGCAAAUAUCGCAGUCAUAUCGCAGAGCAAUGCAAUGAUAUCUUACGUGGGAUGUGGACUUCGUUCAUUCAUGCAAGGGUGAAUACGUAAUGGUACGCGCUCGGAUUCACACAGUCGGACCAAACAGAGAGGAGCUUUCCGCUACGGCGUCCUGUUUGAAUGGGAGAUGCAACGGGCCAUAGGAAGCGAGCGCAAAGUACCUUGGUCGACCAUGCUCCUCACAAUAUUAAUCAGAGCGACAGACUUCGAGGCUACGAGAUGGCACGCAAUUCGCGCCUCGCCUUCGAGUGACCUAGCAGAUUUCGGCCCAUAGUGAGUGGCCUUGCGUUUGCUCCGGGGUUGAUGCUUACGUGGCUACCGGAAGCUACUUGAGGUGCAGUCACAGAUAGAUAGCCACUACUCAGUAGCUAGCUAGCAAAUGGCCUCUGGUAGCUGGCUGAGAGCUAUGCAUAUGCCAUACGGCUGUAUGUGGUACCGAAGAAAGCUAGCCAGCUGGCUAGCUAGCCAGCUGGCUAGCUAGCCAGCUGGCUCGCUAGCCAGCUAGCUAGCUGGCUAGCUAGCUGCUUCCGCUGGCAUCGAAGUGGUGGAAAGAAACCAUGAAACUGAGACAAGUCCCGCUGUUACAGUGUACCACUGUAGAUGAUCAUCUCGUAUCUCGUGUUGCUGCACAGUACAGGCGGCAGCGGUACCACCAGCCACCAGCUACCGGUAGCUAUCAUACAUGUAGCUUGGGUUCGUACGUUCGUACGGUAGCUUUGUGGUCACAGCAGCAGUACUCUGUACUCUGUACCGGAAGCAGGGCACCGGACAGGUGACAAGAGUUAAGGGCGAAAAGGCUUUUGGUGCCCUUUCCUGACCAGUGCGCAUCUUUUUUACCAGUCAGUCUUCGCCACUGCCGUUCUUGCUGGUGAAGAGGCUGCCUGGACACGUGCGAAUGAUCCAGCGACUCAGACUCGACUGUCAAUUCUAAUUUCUUGGGGA